AUGGCCGACUCCAAUGAUCAAGCCUGUGUCGAUUGUGCUCCUUCUAGGGAUCUCUUUUCACAAAUACAGGAUAAUACAGCCACGAAGAUCUACGACCCAAUAGACCCGACUACUUUCGUACCGCCGACGCCUGGCUCCCCGCCCAGCGUCGCCAUUGAAUACUGUGACCGAUGUCGGUGGCUUCACAGGGCGACAUGGGUAUCAACUGAGCUAUUCCUGACAUUUCCUGCGCCCGCCCUAAAAGGCGUGACGAUAAUUCCUCUCAAUUCCGAGGAGACAUCUGGUCGUUUUCGUGUAUGGUUGACUUUGGAUCAGGAGCCGACCCCUAUUCUGGUAUGGGACCGCAAGGUGGAGGGGAAGUUCCCUGAACUGAAAGAGCUGAAACAGCGUAUUCGAGACCAUAUCCAGCCAGGGAAGUCGCUGGGGCACUCGGACAAGAAGUGA